AAGACAGACCAAGAAAAUCAAAUCCCACCGGUGCUUCUAUAUUGUAAAUAUGUUAGUAGUCAAACCAAUGAUUUCACACAUAGAAAAAGGCAAAAUAAAAAGGAACAACGUUAAACAAGAAAAUAUUUAGUCUGAGAUUAGUUUUGGGAAUGCACAAAACAUCCAGACAUUCUUUUUUCAAACCUAUUGUAUAUAAUUUGCUGUCUCAUGUGAUAUUCUAUGAACACUCUUCUUCUUUUUGCAUCUUGCUUUUCUUUGUUAUUUAGUUCAAUCAUAGCCAAUAUUACCACUACUCAAAAUCUAAGAGACCCAGAAGAACUAAUAUCUAGUAAUUCCAUUUUCAAACUUGGGUUUUUCAGCCCGGUCAAUUCAACCAAUCGUUAUGCCGGAAUCUGGUACAAUAACAAUGAUUCUAAUGUACUUGAAAUCAUAUGGAUAGCAAACAGAGACAACCCACUUAAUGAUUCUUCUGGAAUGCUCAAUAUAUCCGAAGAUGGCGAUCUUCAACUCUUAAAUGGACAAAACAGCACUUUUUGGUCAUCAAAUAUAGCAGGAAAUCAUGAGGUAAAUAACUCAGUUGCUCAACUUCUAGAUACUGGGAACCUUGUUUUACUUUCCAAUGCAAGUGGAAAUAUCAUCUGGCAAAGUUUUGAGCAUCAUACAGAUUCGUUGUUGCCACGUAUGGAAGUAAUUGUUGAUGAGAAUACAAACACUUCACAACGGCUAAGGUCUUGGAUGAGCUCCUCAGAUGUUUCCACUGGCCGGUUUAGUGUUGGCAUUGAUCACCGCACUCUUUCUGAAAUAUUCGUCUGGGAUGGUGGUCGGCCUUAUUGGCGAUCUGGACCUUGGAAUGGUCAUGUAUUUAUAGGAGUACCAACUAUGUAUUAUUUCGCUCUGGUUGAUGGGUUUCGCCUUGAUGAUAACCGUGAUGGUAGACUUACCUUAUCAUUUGCUACUGCGAGGCAGAGAAUUACAGAACACUAUGUUUUGACUUAUGAUGGAAUAGUGGAACAAAGAGAUUGGGAUGAGGCUACAGGGAACUGGACAGUUAUAUGGCAAUCUUUAGAAUCUGAGUGUGAUAUCUAUGGGAUGUGCGGUGAAUUUGGGAGUUGUAAUUUCAAUAACUCUCCAAUAUGUAGUUGUUUAAGGGGGUUUGAACCGCGGAAUGACCAUGAAUGGAAUAGAGGGAAUUGGAGUAGUGGGUGUGUUCGGAGAACACCUUUGCAGUGUAGGAUUAUAGGAGGUGAAGAAGAUGGGUUUGUGAGGGUAAGGAAUAUGAAAGUGCCAGAUAAUGCAGAGUCGGUGUCCUCAGAAGAUGAAGACAGUUGCAGGAAUCAGUGCUUAGGAAACUGCUCCUGUUUAGCCUAUUCUUAUUAUUUGGGUAUUGGGUGUAUGAUUUGGAAUGGAAGCUUGCUUGACAUACAGGAAUUCUCCUCUGUUGGUGUUGAUCUUUUCGUUCGUUUAGCUCAUUCGGAGCUAGAUGAGUCAGGGAACAGGUGGAAACUUAUUCUAGCAAUUACUCUAGUCAUGGGAGCAGCUACAAUUGCCUUAGUGAUAUACUGUCUAUGGAGACGGAUGCGAACAACAAAUGAAAGGAAUUCAAUCGUCGACGGAUCACAAUUGCAUAGUAUCAAAGUGGAACCUGAUUUCAGUGAUGUUAAAUUGCAAGAUUUACCACUAUUUAGAUUUGAAGAGUUGGCAGCUGCAACAAACAAUUUUGAUGAUAGAUACAAGCUCGGGCAAGGUGGUUUCGGUCCAGUAUUCAAGGGAGAAUUAGAAGACAGACAAGAGAUAGCAGUCAAAAGACUUUCGAGAGCGUCAGGACAAGGUCAACAAGAGUUUAUGAAUGAAGUUGAUGUUAUCUCCAAAGUCCAACAUCGGAACCUGGUCAAACUACUUGGUUGUUGCGUAGAUGGGGAGGAAAAAAUGUUGGUCUACGAAUACAUGCCUAAUAAAAGUUUGGAUGCAUUUAUAUUUGAUCCACAAGAUCGGGAACUUCUAGGCUGGAAGAAGCGCUUGAACAUAAUUGAAGGAAUAUGCCGAGGGCUUUUAUAUCUACAUAGAGAUUCUAGAUUAAAAAUUAUUCAUAGAGACCUCAAAGCUAGCAAUAUCUUGUUAGAUGAAGAUCUCAAUCCCAAGAUAUCAGACUUUGGCUUGGCAAGGAUAUUUGGAGGGAAAGAAGAUCAAGGCAACACCAAACGAGUUGUGGGCACCUAUGGUUACAUGUCUCCGGAGUAUGCAAUGGAAGGGCGUUUUUCAGAAAAAUCAGAUGUAUAUAGCUUUGGGGUUCUACUCUUGGAGAUUAUAAGUGGCAAAAAGAAUACAAGUUUUAAUGACGAUGAUUCCAUGAGCCUCGUAGGAUAUGCGUGGAAAUUGCGAAAUGAUGAUAAUAUUCUUUCACUGAUUGAUCCAACAAUCCAAGAUACACACUUCCAAGGGGAGAUUUUGAGGUGCAUUGAAGUGGGUUUGUUAUGUGUUCAAGAAUUCCCUGAAGAAAGGCCAUCAAUUUCCACCAUCAUUUCCAUGCUUGAUAGUGAAAUUACAGAUCUUCCACAACCAGUACAGCCUGUAUUUAGCAAAAUUCUUUAUCCUAAGAGGUUGCUUCAAAAAAACCAAGAAAAUUACUCUGUUAACACUUGGUCCUUCGCUUCUCACAUUAGUGGUCGAUGACAGUAUGUUUCUGUAGGCUUUACUUACGCCUUUGGCAACGUCUAUCUGAUAUACUUUUGUUAUAUGAGCA